AGAAAGAUUUAUUGAAAUACCAUUUAAAAAAGAAGAUGAAUUCCUUUUAAAUGAAAUUAUAGAUAAAAGUGGAAAUAUUUUAUACUUAAAAUUUUGUUCAAAACCUAAUUGGAAAUUUUUGAAUAAUUUACGUAAAUUGGAAUUUGGAUGUACAAUGACUUUUAAUGGAAUUAAGAAAGCAGAAAAAAGGGCAUCUAUAAUGAAAAAUUGUGAAUUGGCCGAAUUUGAUGCUGGAGGUUGUUUAAAUGGGGAAGUUGAAUUUAAUUCGGAACAAGAUCGAUUUAUGAAAACUAAUUUAUUUUUUAAUAUUAAUAUUAGUGAUGUAAAGAAAUUUGUAGAAUUAGGGAUGUCAAUUGGAACAUCAAAGAAUGAAAAAUUCAAAUCUGAAACUAAUACUACUUGUUAUUAUACAAUAUAUAAAAAAGUAACAUUGAAAUUUAGAGAAUAUUUAGAAGCAUCUCCAGAAUUUGUUGAAGCAGUGAAGGAAGCCGUUGACUUUGAGGAUGCUAGAAAUCUUCAGCAAGUUACUGAAAAAUUUGGCCAAUUCAUUCCAACUGAAAUUAUUAUGGGUGGAAAAGCUUACCUAGAUGGUAUUAUUAUGUCAACAAAACAUAAUGAAGAAGAUCAUGACAAAGUUUCUCUGAAUGCAAAAGCAUCUGUUAUAAAGGCUGAAUUAACAAACACUUAUGAUAAUUCAAUAGGAAUUUCAAAUAACUAUAAAUCUAAAUGUAAAAAUUUAAUUGGAGGAGAACAGCCCGAUAGUAUUGAAAAUUUUGAUGAAAAAGCUUGGAUUAAAUCUUUAAAAGAUUAUAGAAAUUGGGAUUGCAUAGAAUUUCAAAAUCCUGUUAGUAUUUUUGAACUUUUACCUGCUGAUUUACGUAAAAGAGUUAUUGAAUUGGUUGGAAAAAGAAUUCAUCACUUAAAAUUUGAAGAAUUUGAUUAUAAAUUAGAGGAAUUUGGAAGACCAAAUAUUUUUGAAUUAAAAAAUAUGCCAUUAAAUAUUUCAAAAAUGAUUCAAAAUAAGGAUGCAGAUUGUAAUGUCUUUGCAACUAUAAAUGAUAUAACAGGAUCAAAAGAUGAUUUUUUUACCUGGCAAGUUUAUUGUCCACCGAAUAGUAAACCAAGUCUUUUAAUUCAUUGUAUUCAGAAGAAGAAAUUUAAAAAACGUAGAUACAAAUUGAAAAUUGGCUGGAUGGUGAUUGGGUAUUAUACUGAUUAUACGGACUUAAAUUUUAUACUCUCAGAUUUUAAUGCUCAAUUAAAAGUUCUUGUUUAGGAAUUCCUGUAUUA